UCUGCCUGCUUCCUUCAGAUGUUCAUUAUGAACAACUUCCUGCCAAUGGAAUCCUGCACAUUCCUAGCCAUGGCCCAUGACCGCUAUGUGGCCAUCUGUAAGCCUCUGCACUACCCAUCCAUAAUCACUGACCAAUUUGUGGCAAAAGCCAUUGUCUUCAUCUUGAUCCGAAAUACAUUUCUCACUGCACCAAUCCCUAUCCUCUCUGCCUGGCUCCAUUAUUGUGGAAAAAAUAUCAUUGAGAACUGUAUCUGUGCCAACCUCUCUGUGUCCAAGCUCUCCUGUGAUAAAGUUGCCCUUAAUAAAAUCUACCAGUUAAUUGUGGCCUGGACUCUCCUGGGCUCUGACCUCAUCCUCAUCUUUCUCUCCUACACAUUCAUCCUUCGAGCUGUUCUUAGACUCAAGGCAAAAGGGGCAGCUGGCAAAGCUCUGAGCACUUGUGGCUCUCAUUUUAUUCUCAUCCUCUUCUUCAGCACCAUCCUGCUGGUUUUUGUUUUUACCCACAUGGCCAAGAAAAAGGUUUCCCCUGAUAUCCCUGUCUUACUUAAUAUCCUACACCACGUAAUUCCUGCAGCUCUCAACCCCAUUGUCUAUGGCGUACGCACCCAGGAGAUUAAACAGGGGAUUUGGAAAUUAUUAAGGAGAAGUUGGUGA